GUAACUUUCCCCAGGUCACUCUGCUACUAAGUAAUACAGAUGGGCUUCCAAUCAGCAGACUGGUUCCAAGUGCAUGCUCUUCACCCCUUCAGACACUGCUUCUCACCAAGCCAAAGGCAUUGUCAUAGUGAGUUAAUGUAUCUGAAGCCCUUGGAACAGCAGCCCAGCACGUAGUAAGUACACAAGGAGUGUCAGUAUUAUCACAGAGGGCAUGGGGAGGCACCCUCCCUCUCAUUUCUUCAAAAGCAAGGAUCUGACCCUUUUAGGGGAAGCUGAUAAGAGCUCUAGCCCCUCAAAUCUGCAACUGCCCACACAUUCCUCCCCCAGCCCCACCCACCACUCACUUGCCAAGGCUCACUGGGUGGGUGGUGGUGUGGGGGAGACAUAAGUUAACUGUCCACCCUCCCCAUUUCCCAGAGGACCAGUUGGGCGGUGCCGGGGAGGGGCUGUGAGUCAGGGCUAAGGACUCUGAACAAAGGUCUCGGGUUGGGCUCCUCAGAACUUCCGGGGCUGGCCCACUGCCUCUCCCCAAGGCCGGUCCUCUGCCUUUGGCCGUGCAGACAUACCUUCUCUCAGCACCAUGGAGGUCGACCGGUCGGCAGCCCUGGAGUCCACCUCCAAGAAGCCCCACGGGGCAGGCCAGGUAGGAGACCCCAAGCACGCCCCCGACAAAGUUGAGGUAGCUGAUAACCCGAAGCAUCAGCACGGCCACGGCCACGGUCACGGCCACGGCCACGGUCACGGCCACGGCCACGGUCACGGCCACGACCACGGUCACGGAAGGUCCUCAGGUUCCGGCAGCAGCUCCAGCGACUCAGAAAAUGAGGCGAAGCCCAGCGCUGCCGGCUCCGAGCUAUACAAAAGCGCCCCGGGCAAGGUCAAGAAGCCCAAGGUGAAAACGGAGAAGAAGAAGGAGGAGAAGAAGGAGGAGAAGAAGGAAGAGAAGAAGGAGGAGAAGAAGGAGGGCAAGAAGAAGGAGGGGAAGAAGGAGGCUUCCCACUAACGGGCCUCUCCGGGGCUCAGUAAACCUUCUCUCGGCCUCCAGGUUGCCUUUUGUCCCCCGCCCUUCCCCAUCCCCCUUCUCGGACCGGGCCUGCCCCCUGCUGGGCACCGCGCGCCAAGGAGAGGCUGCCCAAGCCGUGCCCAUUACGGUUUAUUGUUUCUGGAACAGUGGCCGCACUGCUGGGGGGCGGCCUGUGCAGCUGGAGAUCUCAGCACCUCGGCGAGGAUGGGGAGGGAGGGACUCGGGCGGCGGGGUGGACCCUGUGGCCGGCAGGUGGCCGGGAGAUGAGCGCGGCAGCGCGGUGGCCACCGGAAGCAGCAGCUGGAGGCGUUGUGGGGCCGCCCUCACCGCACCAGGUGGAAGGUGAGCCAGUACAUGAGCAGGGGCUGCGCCGCCGCCACGGCCAUGGUCAGGUACAUGCGCAGCUGGUUCCGCGCCCCACGCACCGGGAUGCCCUCGGCCGCCGCCUCGGCCAGGAUCUUCAGCCGCAGCGUCCGGAUCUGGGCGGGGGAGGGGUUCACUCUUGAGCCCGCACUCCUUCCAGACUCCAGUUUCCCCACCCCUCCAUAGGGCAGCUGGGCUCAAGUCUCUGCUCUUGAGGAACCUUGGUUUCUCCCAAAUCUCCUAACACACGUGGAGGACCUGCUCCUCCUCCCAGGCCUUGGGAGAAAAUGUGAGGGUUCCAAACUCAAAUGCUAGGCGAGGCCUCUUAAGUGAGUGGGGUGAGGAACUUCACUGUGAAUACUCCGCCUGAGGGGAUGGCCAGGCUCGGCCCUUUGGCCGUCACCAGCUUGUGUUGACCCUUGACAAUUUUUCAACACAAGCCAGAAAUGCCUUCUUUUUCUUCUUAACUUUUUUCCCCUCCCCUCCCCCCGCCCAGAAUUUUAAAUAAUGACAUCUAAGUCGAAGUUUAUCUGAGCAGAUCUGGCCCACCAGCCACUAGUUUUUGCCCUCUGCUCCUCACACUGAAUCCUCCCAGUACCCUGACGUGCAAUUAUCAUCAUCCCCAUUUUACAGAAGGGGAAGCAGGUUUAAAGAGAGGAAGUGAUCUGCCCAGGAUCGAGCGAAGCCUGGGUUCAAACCCAGGCCUGGUGGAUCCCAGUGCUCUUAACCAGC